UCAGUCGCGCCAUGCCGCUUUUUAAAAAAAUUAGCCUUAUGAUUAAUAUCUUAUAUAAUUUUUUAUUUUCCAUCUAAAAAUCGAACCAAUUUUCGGUUUAAUGGGGGAAAUUGACGGUGACGCGCGUUAAAAGAAAGAAGGGGUGAUGUGGAAACGAAAUUAGACCCAGAACAUGAUUGAACUAAUACUUUGUUGAGUCCAAGAUACGUUUAAAAUGAAGAGGAGAUGGAUUCGCCGCAGGCUGCUUGUCUUAAUCUUCACCUUCUUCAUCAUCCUCUACGUGGAUUUUCAAUUAAACACCAGCAACCCACCCAAACUCAGCGCGCCCCACGGUCCACCCUCGCCCAUCCAGCAGACUCCGUCCCCGGCUGACGACGCACAGAAGCCGGCUACACACAGCAUCAGCAGCACCGGUGGACACCUGACCACCGAGGACGCACCAGUUAUUAUUCAGCCCAGACUGAGACAGGAGGAGAUCUUCAUCGCUGUGAAGACCACGGGCAGAUUCCACAAGACGCGUCUUGCGCUCCUUUUGGAGACGUGGAUCUCCAGAACCAAGGCGCACACGUUCAUUUUCACAGACAUGGAGGAUGCUGACCUGACUUCAGAAGGUUACAACAUGGUGGUCACAGGCUGUCAGUCAGAUCACAGCCAGCAGGCUCUGUCUUGCAAGAUGUCUGCCGAGUACGACGGCUUCAUGGCCUCGGACAAGAGGUGGUUUUGCCACGUGGACGAUGACAACUACGUGAACCUGGGAGCCCUGCUCUCUCUGCUCUCAGCCUUCCCCCAACAGAGGGACAUCUACGUGGGCAAACCGAGCCUGGACAAGCCCAUCACUGCUCAUGAACUUCUGGAGGGCAACGCAACGAGGGAGGUGCAGUUCUGGUUCGCCACAGGUGGAGCAGGUUUCUGUCUCAGUCGCUCACUGGCAGAAAAGAUGAGUCCAUGGGCCAGUGGCUCCCGGUUCGAGCAGACGUCCGCCACCAUCCGUCUCCCUGACGACUGCACGGUGGGUUUCAUCGUGGAGAGGAGACUGGGCAUCUCCAUGGUGAACUGUCCGCUAUUCCACUCUCACCUGGAGAACCUGCUGCUCGUGAACCACAGAAGUAUCCCACAACAGGUGACACUGAGCUAUGGGAUGUUUGAGAACAAGAUGAACAGCAUCGAGGUGAAAGGAAGAUUCUCCAAAGAGGACGACCCCUCCAGGUUCAGGACUGUCCACUGCAUGCUGUACCCUCUCACCAGCUGGUGUCCUUGAACUCAUCACAAGUGAUGACGACUAGUUCCAGAAACAAGUGGGACGUGACUGUUGGACCUCCUGCAUCAGGGACAUGUUCCAUCAGUGACUAGACACUCACUGAUUGUCUUCCACUUUAUCCGUCCACACGGUGGUCGAGUGCGGCCGCGGCCAAUCCCAGCUGAGCAGAAAUUACAGAUGAGUUCAAUGUGAGGUGGAUUCAGUUUGAUGGAAUCUCAUCAGAGCCGGGGACGGCAAGGACAAGUCUUAGACACUCUUAAUGUGCGUUGAUGAUGUAACAUGCAUGAGUUUGGCUGAAGGAUUAUUUGUGUUAAGGUAAUAAUACCAUGAGUUUUGUGGUAGUACGGCUAUUUCCUGAAGAUACCAUGUAGAACCUUCUGCACAUGUUCUUGCAAGAGGUCAUUUUUAUUCACCACUUCUUACAUCGUGUAUAUAUACGUAUAUAUAUGUAUAUGUAUAUA